UGUUCAUUCUCCGACCUCGAAGAACAGGAGAAGCAGAGAAGGAUAUUUGAUACGAUGUCGCUGGGGAUGAUGAAACCCGUCAAGCCUGGUCUAGAAGAACCGCAGGAGCAAUUGCAUCGGAUUAGGAUUACUCUUUCAUCCAAGAAUGUGAAAAAUCUUGAGAAAGUCUGUGCUGAUCUUGUGAAUGGUGCAAAGAACAAAAGGCUGAAAGUCAAGGGUCCAGUAAGGAUGCCAACAAAAGUUUUGCGCAUCACCACAAGAAAAUCUCCUUGUGGAGAAGGCACAAACACUUGGGAUUGUUUUGAGCUUCGCGUCCACAAGAGGGUUAUUGAUCUUGUGAGCUCAUCUGAGGUUGUGAAGCAGAUCACAUCGAUUACGAUUGAACCCGGUGUUGAGGUUGAGGUCACCAUUGCAGAUCCCUGAGCAAUACUUAACUAGAUACUUUUCAGUUUUGUAGACUGAAGAAGGAAUUAAUUUUAGAAUUUGCCUAUGACUUAUCUCUUGCCCAAAUUAUUAUUUUUGGUAACCAUGUAAGAGCUUACUUUUGCAUUAGGCGCCUUCCUUGUCUGUUUCAGUAAUGUUUUAAGGUUUUCUUUGUUAUAAAUGUGACAUUGACUGUGAUGUGGGAAAAGUGAAUGAACAUGAGCAUGGUGGUUGUG